ACCUCUUAACCUAAGAGUAACACAUCCCUCAAGAGUCAGUUCUCUAUAUAUAUAUAUAUGUCUCUCUCUCUAUGUUAGUAGAAGUUCCUCAUAGUUUUCCUGCUUCUACAAGAAUAACACAAUCCUCUAGAGGCAGGUUUUCGUUACAAGAUGGGCACAAUGUCUGAAAGAAUGGGAGCGAUGGGUGGUACCAUGGGCAGCCCAUUUGACGAUGGUGUUUUCGAUGGCGUGAGAAGAAUAAUUGUCGGAAGAGACUGGGACUGUGUUUCUUAUAUCAAGAUUGAGUACGAAAAUAGUGCCGGAAAUUUUGAAACCCGUGAACAUGGAACGAAUCGCGGGGGAAUUCAAGAGUUCACAGUGGAUUAUCCGAGUGAAUAUAUCACAUCCGUUGGUGGAAGUUUCUCGCGUGUUUUUAGAUAUGGAACAGAGCUUAUCCAGUCGUUAAUCUUCAGAACCUCCCGUGGAAGGACCUCUCCGAUACUCGGUCAUUCGUUUUUGGGGUUUCAACUUGGGACAAGAUUCACGCUCGAGGGUAAAAAUGGUGGAAAGCUUCUAGGUUUUCACGGACGUUCUGGUCAAGCUCUUGAUGCCAUUGGACCUUACUUCUUCGCUGCGAAUCCUCCUCUUAGGCACUUCAACCCUCAAGGUGGGAACGGGGGGAGCGCUUGGGACGAUGGCGCUUUCGACGGUGUAAGAAGAAUACUCGUUGGACGAGGUGGUAGCUUUGUAAGUUUUCUCAGGUUUGAGUAUGCGAGAGGCCAAAGAACGGUGCCACAUGAUCAUGGGAGGAGGCAAGAGGUUCCACAGGAGGUAUUAAUUGUUGAUAUAAAAUAUAUGUGUAACUGUAUAUCUUUGUGUUUAUUGAGAUUUAUUUUAGUUAUUAUAAAAAUAUUUUGGUUGAAGUUUGUGGUGGAUCAUCCUAAUGAACAUAUUACAGUAGUGGAGGGAACCAUCGAUGGCUUCCUUACAUCGCUUAGGUUUCAAACAUCAAUAGGAAGAACCUCCCCUGCUUUUGGCAAUGUGGUUGGCAGGAGAUUUGUGUUCCAGGAAAAUAAUUUCAAGCUUGUCGGGUUUUCUGGUCGGUCUGGUGAUGUCAUUGAUGCCCUUGGUGCAAACUUUGGCCCUCUUCCAGCUCCAACUCCGAUUCCAGCUCCAGUUCCAGCUCCGGCUCCGGCUCCGGCUCCACGUCCAUCUCCGGCUCCAGGUCCAGCUGGACGCUGGCCUCCAGCUCCGGCUCCUGCUCCAGCUCCGGGUCCAGCUCCAGCUCCAGGUCCGGCUCCUGCUCCUGGUCCAGCUCCGGGUCAGGGUCCUGCUCCGGGUCGGGCUCCAGGUCCAGCUCCGGGUCGGGCUCCCGGUCCGGCUCCGGGUCCGGCUGGACGAUGAGGUCAACGUCCAGCUCUAGCUCCAACUCCAGGUCCGCCACAUGCUACAAACUUCAUCGUGGGAGGGAUCUGGUGUGUGACUUGUCAGACUUAAGUGUUAAGAGUUAGGUGUUGCUUGUGUGUUCUACAAAAUGUCUACAUUUUCCAUGUGUUUGGUAUGUCUGAAAUAACUCGAAUCUAUAAGUAUAUAAAUGGGGUUUAAAAUAAUAUA